GCAUCGCACAGUCAGGUUGAUGGAGAGGAUAGAAGUAAAGAUACGUGGUGGAGAUGUAGCAAACAUUGGAAACAUUUAUUUUUAACAUUCUCGGUUUGCUUCUACCGCGAAAUUGACUUUUUCUCUACCCUUUUUACUUUUAUUUUACUAUUUCACAGCCGUUUCACGGUUGGAGUCUUGUAUCCUUGGAAACGCGAACAACUGUCCUACGAAGUUUGGAUCAAGUGUUACACCUUCAGCCGGGAAACCAACUGGAUAUUUACCCGCUCAACUACCGGGGCUGCCACUGUGGAGCAGGCGAGCCUUCGUGGAAGUAUUUCGACCCGUUUUUGUUCACAUUUAGCGCUUUUCAUUUUAAACCCAGUGUUUAGGGAAACGGGUCAGCGCGAGACAAUAGUGGCGAGGAGCUCGUGCAGGCGGGGGGGAUCAAUGCCUCGCGGGGGCUUUGUUCUGGUGACCUACUGCGAGCCUGCAGCGGAUAUCGAUUAACCAGCCGUUGGAUCUAUGAAUGUUUGUGAUCGGUACACGGACUAGGAGCCGCUGGGACGACCAUGGACGGGACUCUGUCCGAGUUACUGGCGACUUUCAUGGAGUCGCCGCUGGUGGUGUGGGUGAGGACGCUGGGUCCUCUGGGUUCGUGCGAUGACGCCGGCUCAAAGGAGCUUGUCAACAUGUUCAUGGAGCUGGUGGACGGCGUCUUCCUGCACAAGAUCAUGACCCACAUCGACCCCAGCCCAACCAAUCAGAGGUUGAACAAGAAUGUGAACAACGACGUGGCUCUUCGCUUAUACAACCUGACCGUUCUCACCAGACACAUCAGGACAUACUACCAGGAGACCUUACAGCAGUUAAUAGUCAUGCCCCUUCCUAACAUCCUAUGCAUCGCCAAAGAUCCCAUAUCAGCUAACAGCAUGGAGCAGCUGAAAAGACUUUUGUUGCUGAUACUAGGCUGUGCUGUCCAGUGUGAGCGUAAGGAGGAGAUGAUAGAGAAGAUCAAGCUGCUGGACAUUGAGACCCAAGCUGCCAUCGUCUCUCACAUCCAGGAGGUGACCCACAACCAGCUGAAUGUUCUGGACCUGUCCUGGCUGGAGGAAGGAUCGGAGCUGGACCAAGAAGAGCUGGAACCUCUGUCCCGCAACAUGGCUGCUUCGUUACAGCAACUGAUCGACCAGAGAGACAAAGCCAGUGAGGUGAUUGUGGAUUUGACCCAAGAGCGGGACUACCUAUCCAGUCAACAGCCCCAGGAAGGUUGCAGGAACCUGGGCAUGAGCAGCCCAGUGCGUGGGAAGACUUCUGAAAUAGUGGGAGUAAAUAACAGUGGAUCGUCUGCGGCUGGGACCGGGCUCACCAAAGAGGAGAAGCAGCAUCUGUCCGUGGAGCUCGUUGACACCAAAGCCAAGCUCCGCAGAUACAGACAAGAGCUGGAGGAGAAGACCGAGCAACUGAUGGAUUCAAAACAUGAAGUGGAGCGUUUGGAUCAGGAAUUACAGCGACAGAAACAAGAGAACCAGUCGUUGUCAUGUGAGGCUCGUUCGGUCCGAGUGUACCGGGACGAAGUGGACUCACUGAGAGAAAAAGCUGCCCGGGUGGAUCGCUUGGAGACUGAACUGACCAGGUGUAAAGAGAAGCUCAAUGAUAUCCACUUCUACAAGACCAGAAUGGAGGAGCUUCGCGAGGACAACCUGACUCUCAUGGAGACGAAGGUGCUGUUGGAGGAGCAGCUCUCCACCUCCAGGGGGCGUUGUGAUAAACUGCACACGCUGGAGAAAGACAACCUGUUACUUCGAGCUAAAAUACACGACCUGGAAAUGGAGAGGGACGGUGAACGUCGGCGGUUGGAGGAGCUGGUGGAAGAGAACAUGCUGCUGGAGAUCGGACAGAAACAGAGUAUGAACGAGUCGGCUCAUUUGGGCUGGGAGCUGGAGCAGCUGACCAAGAACCACGACAACCCUAACACAGACACUCGAAAGUCGUUGGUCCAUGAGCUGAAUGAGUGUGUUUCCAGUCGGGUGUUGAAGCUGGAGAAGGAGAACCGGGAGCUUCAGGCCUCCAUAGACGGACUGAAAGAGGACAACCAGCUCCUGCAGGAGCAGCAACUCCACAGCCAGGAGCAAGAUAGGGAGAACCAAGGCCUCAGCAAGAAGUUGGACCGUCUCCAGGGUUUAUUGGACCAGGAGAGACUGACCAAUCAGGACAUGGAGUCUCUGGGAGAGGAACUAUUGAAGGAAAAACAGGGUCUGGAGCGAGAGAUGUAUACCCUGAGAGCAGAGAAAGACAGACAGAUCACAGAGUUAGAGAGUGAGAAGCAGCACCUCUCGGACGCCGUGGCGUCCCUGCAGGAGCGCGCUCAGUCAAACAACGAGGCCAGGGUUCGCGAGGUGGAAACAGAGAACCGCCUUCUGCACCAGAGCAUCACGGACACCAGCUCCCGAUUGGCUAGCUUAGAAACCCAACUCAAAGUAUCCAGUGAGGAUGCAGAGAGACUGAGGGAGAAGGCGGGGCGCUGUGAGGAGGUGGAGCGGGAGGCGGCGAGGCUGGAGAGGAGCAGGGACGCCCUGAGCAGAGAGGUGGCUUCUCUGCGUGCAUGCAGCGAGCGGUCCGAAGCUUUGGAGAAGCAGAUAACCUCCCUGGAGCAGGAGGUGCACAGGCUGAAGCGGGAGGCAGAGGAGGCCCAGAGGGAGCAGCAGCGAUUGGGGAAGUACGAGGCGGACAACAGCCUGCUGUCGAAGGAAAACCUGGAUUUGCGCUGCUCCCUGGAAAACCUGCGCGCCUCGUCUACUCGCCUGGCCACCCUCCAGGAGGAGCAUAAGGAGGCACAGAGAGAGGUGCAGGAUCUGCAGAGGAGGCUUGAAGAGACCCAAGAGGAGGCACAAGGAGAAAGGAAGAGGGCAGAGAGGCUUGAGCUAAACGUGGCAGCCCAGAACCAGGAGAAGCAUCGCUUGGAAGAGGAAGUACAGAGAUGCAAAGAGGAGAGGGAAGACGAGGAGAGACAAAGGCAGGACACCCAGGCCAGAGAGGAGGAACUGAGAAGGGAAGUAAGUGAGCUGAAGGAAGAGCGGAGAAGGAGGGAGGAAGUUGAAGAGGACAGGAGGAAGCUUCAAUUGGACUUGGAGCAGUCAGAGAAGAGCAGGAAGUACCUGGAGAAGGAGAGUUGGAGGAUCAGAACGCUGCUGGAGGGGAAAGAGACAGAGCUGGAGGAGAAAGCCAGGAAAUUGACCACUGUGAAGAAAGAGGGCGUGGCUCUGGGUAAGGAAGUGGAUAGGCUGAAAGAGGUGUCAGUCAAAGCCAAGGAGUUGGAGAGGGAGAACAAGGAGCUGCAGAAACAGGCGACUAUCGACAAGAGGACUCUGGCCACUCUGAGAGAGGAGUUGGUGUCCGAGAAGCUGAGUGUUCAGCAGAAGAGCGUUGAGUUAGAGAGACUCAAUCAAGAACUGGAGAAGAUCGGGCUCCACAAAGAAAAACAAUUACAGCAGGAGCACGCUCUGGAGGACAGCAAGUACAAGCUGCUGGAGUCUCGGCUGGAGGAGACGGUCCAACAGACGAUGAAGAUUAAAGAGGAGAAAAUAUCCUCUCUGGAGAAGAAAUUGGAAGAGAGCCACACACUAAACACUACGCUACAUGCUAAGCUAACCUCCGGGGAAGAAAACCACAACUACCAGCAGUGCUCGGGGGGCAACCAGGGUCAAGGGUCAGCCACUAUUGAACUGCUCCGAAUCAAAGAUCAUCUCAUUGAUGUUGAAAAGAAUAAUUCCUCCCUGCAGACAGAGAGCAGUCUACUGAGGGUGCAGCUCAAACAGCUGGAGAACCAGAACACGUCUCUUAACAACCAGAUGUUGGGGCAGCAGCGACACACCACCACCCUGCAGGAGCAGAACGCUGCCUUACAUACGCAGACUGCAAAACUACAGGUGGAGAACUCCACGCUCUCCUCCCAGAGUGCAUCGCUCAUGGCCCAAAAUGCUGUGCUGCAGGGCCAAGUCACCGCCUUGGAGUCGGAGAUGGAGUCGUGGCAGAGGCAACGCGAGGAGGCAUGGCGAGCCAGAGAGAGCGUGCUCAGUGACCACGAGCGCCUGCUGAGCGUGCACGAGAGGCAAGCGCACGAGUACGAGCAGCUCAUCAGUCAGCACGCUGCGCUUAAGGGCAAGCAGAGGGCGAUGGAGAGCGAGCACCGCACACUGCACAGCAAGCAUUGUACUUUGCUGCAGCAGAAGGAGAAAUGGGAGGAGCAGGAGAAGCACGGUCGGAGGGAGAAGGAGGAACUGAACCAGGAGAUCCAAAAGAGUUGUCUUCUACAACAAGAGAAUCUACAGCUCAAAACAGAAGUGGGCAGGUUAAUAGAGAGCCAAUUGCAGCAGUCAGAGCAAUGUGAGAGCCUGCAGCAGCGCAUAAACGAAUACAAGAGUUCUUUAAGCGCCGCUCAGCUGGAAGAGAGCCGAUGGAUGGCCCGAUACGAUUCACUAAUGGAGAAACACCAGGGCUUGGAUCUAACCAUGACCAAACUAGAUAACCACUGUGAGUUGUUGAGCCGCCUGAAAGGGAACCUGGAAGAGGAGAACCAUCACCUCCUGAGUCAGAUCAACCUACUGAGUCAGCAGAACCACACUCUACUAGAGAGGAGCAUGGAGAGCAAAGAGCUCUAUCACCAGGAGCAGAAACUAUACAUUGAUAAGCUGAAUGCUCUCCGUCGCCAGAAAGAGAAGCUAGAGGAGAAGAUCAUGGACCAGUACAAGUUCUAUGACCCCACACCAAAAAAGAGGAGUCAAUGGUCCGGAGCUAAAGCUUUAGCCAAACUGAUUAAACCUCGAAAGGAGAGCAGCAGGGAGAGAAGGCCCGACUGUGACAAGGAGGGAGGCAAAGAAAGAGAGAGAGCAAAGAGCGCACCAGACAUCCCGCUGCCUUCCCCGCCCCCUCUCCUCCCCCCUGAAACCCCACCUCCUCUCCCCCAGCGCACAGGAAGUGACACGCUGGACAGCAGCCAGCCCUCCAGUAACCAUAACAACCACAUCGGCAGCACCAGUCUGGGACACCAGAGUCCCGCACUCACGCCUAUCGGACGAGGUUUGGCUGACAGGGGCCGCGGCGUUUACCGUAGCAGUACCCCAGGGGGCAGCAGUGACAGUGUCAAUGGAGACGAUGGACUUGGACAAGGUCCGACUCAUGCAGCUCUGAGCUCAACUCCCAGACAUCCGUCUCCCUCAUUGGGCCCCACUAGCAGCUCCAGACUGGGACAAGGUCUUAGCCGCAGGCCUAGAGGUCUAUUAUUUGAUGAAGACUCUCGUCACAACUCCACUGACUCCAUGUUUGGUCAACAUGGCAACGGGGGAGGACGCCCGGGGUCUGCAGACUUCAGCCACAACACCUCCAGCUCCAACUCGCCUGUCAACGUCAGAGACUCAGCAGAUCGUCAAGCUCGCUCAUCCAGCCUCUCUAGUGAUGACGUCAUAGGUCUGAGCCAAUCACAACAGACUCUGUCACGGAGCUCCACCCUUCCAUAUGACCACGUACCACAGAGGGCCCAACCGCAACGAGGAGGCGGGGUUAGGACUAAGACCCGCCCAUCAUCCCCUGGAAGUGAGAUGGUGUCGCUGGAACAGUUUCUACAAGAGAGCAACCAAAAGUCCCCUCCUAUGGUGUCAACAGGAAGCAAGGAGGACUUGAUGACGGACUAUUUCACCAGAAGUCCCGCCUCCUUGGCUCCCGCCGGUAGAGAUCAGAUGACCCCCACGAGCUACGUCACUCCCACCGUGCAGACGUCCACCCAGAGGCCAGGCCAGAGUGUCAAACCCUUGCCCCGGCAGCCUGUUGGCCAAUCCCCAGCCUCCGGCCAGCUCGUCACCCAGAGAAGCAGCCAAUCACUGAGCAGGGCUUUCAGCCUGGCCUCAGCUGAUCUGCUGCGCUCCAACGGGCCAGACAGUUUCCGUGGAAAUGAUGGCCAAUCGGAUGGGGUCGUUCGGAGACAAGGGGGAGGGGCUAGUGCGAGAGAGCGGCCACUCUCUGCUCGACUGGCUGGCCCGACCAAUCAGCACGGAGACGUCAGCUUCUUGAAUCCGCCUAUUCACCAUUCGUCCUCUCUAAACCUGCAAACAGAGAGGCAAGCGGAGAGAGAAAGAGAGAGAGGGAGGACACCCGUCUCUCGAAACAGCCCCACCUCGUCCACCACCUACCACCACCGCGGAGAGGUCGCCAUGGUAACCCCCGUCAGGGCUGUGCCAGCCACGCAGCCUAACGACGCCUCGGAGCAUGGGGAGACGUUAAUGGGGGGGCAGUUGGGGGACUUAAAUAAAGAAAGCGAGACAGCGGGGUGUGUCUCCGUGGAACGCCCAAAGAGCACACCGGCUUCCCCUGACCCCAACAACGACCCUCAGACUGUGUGGUACGAGUACGGCUGUGUCUAAACACUGACUCUAAAGACAGAAACCAAACACUCCGACUACAGUCUGCUGGGGCUGAAUCCAAACCAAAGCAGUCCGUCUCUGGCCUGCGUCACAUACUGUGGGAAUAUGUUAUAACAUCAGUUGGGAGUAAGUCAAAAUACUGGAAAGCAGCAGCCAAAUUGAAUAUGUACAUAAGAGUCAUGACUUCAGUUUGUAUUUUAUUGAACAAACUCAACAACCUGACCUGAUUCCAUAUUCUACCUGCCGAUCCAGCUGAAUAACCCUGAAGAAGGUUUACGGACUGCACAAACACAAUCACAUCCCACCUCGACUACUGGAUCUGUAGAAACAUUUCAGCGCUUUUCAUCACGUGCAGGAUCCCGUGGAGGUGCAUGCAUUGUACAUAUGACCACUACACUAUAGACGGUUUCUGAGAAGGCUGCAAUUCAUUUGUCUCUGCUGUUUUAUUAUCACGGGUCGUUUUUUAUUUUUCACAUCCAGAAAUGGAGUACCACCACACGUACACGCCCCAGAUGCAGAAUACUGACUGGCUUGGUCUAUGAGCUGGAACUCCUUGGACCGCUGACCGAUGCACUGUUUGCCCCUGAGAACGUUUACCUGGAGGCCACAGAACAGAACUGCCCACCGGGAAUGAUUUGAUUGAAGCAAAGGCACGAACGACUGAAUGUAUUAGAUUUCUCCUCCUCUGUUAUCUAGAACAAACACUGGAAGAGAGGAGCGAGAGUAGGAAUGGGAUUGAAGCAGAGAGAGCCAGAAUAAAUCAGGAGGAUGGAUAGAUAAACAGGGCCGAAGGCGAGGCGCUCCUCCCAGUUAAAUGACAGUCUUCUCUCUCCAUCUUUAGAUUAUGUCCCAGCAUGCAACACUCUUAACACUUUACUGGAAAUGUUGCACAUUGUGAGCCAACAGUAUCUUCACUUACAUGCAUACAUAUAAUGAUAUACACAGACACGGAAGAGCUGUCCUUCAGGGGCUUGGUUGUGGUGUCGUAGACCAUUGAGUUGGACUUUGUUUACACACACACACACACACACACACCACUGGUCGAACCACUGGGUUUUGGUAUGGUGGGCUGCUGCACUGCACAGAGAGCCCCACUGGGAUCUGGAGAGUUAGUUUGCACUUUGGCAGUAGAGUUUUUCUGAUGACUGAAAGUGUUGGUAAACAUAAGAUUGUGUUCUCAUGCUAUGAUGGUGAAUCAUGACCCAGCAGCAGCAGUCUCACUGGGUCCUACAUUGGGACACUUCCAUCCACAAUGGAGCACUGCAGACCCACGCUGUCAACAUAACUGGUAUUCUUUGACCUGGACCGUAUUUUCAAUAUUUUUGUUUUGAUGUGACAAUCUUGGGGCAAUCGUUUUAGAAUUUGUGUCUUUUACAUUAUAUGUGCCUUGUAACUUUAUCGGAGGAGAAGCAUCUUCCUCUGAACCUGCAAGGUGACUUAUUAUUAGAGGACAACAGUGGGAACGGGGGGCCGCCCCAGCAGUUUGUUUUGCGUUGUCUCUGAUUUAAUACGUCACGUUUGAAUAGAACCAUAUUGAGAAGGUUGAUGCGGUCUUUGAAUUAAAUUGCUGCCUGUAAUUAUUUGAGCAGCAGUAUAUGGAUGAAGAGCUUGUGCAGAUAAAAGGGUGAACAAAGAGAGGCGGGUGAAGCAGACGGGUGGUGCUCCUGUGACCACACAGGAAGGCUGCUCUAACGACACGGCUCAUUGUGGGAUGUAGACUCUGUAGUGAUCUCUCUACUCCCUGAGCCCGUUUAGUGUACGUGACGGCGCUACAGCGCAUCUGAUCAAUUUCAAGUGUUGACCCCAUUAAUCACUUCGACACCAAAAUGGGGAAAUGGGGACCAUGUGUGUGAUGUCUCACAAGAAUAAGUUGUGAGACAUCACACACAAUCUUUACACUAUAAGACCUUAUGAAAUGUACACAACAAAUCAACCACACUGGAGCCUCCACCUACUAGUGGUGAGAGGUGUGACGGAUGGGUUUCCAGCAGACAAAGUGAAGAGGAGGAUGAAGAUGUGGGGGGGUAUAAAGGAGCUUAUGCUUCUUAUUGUAGUGGAGGGACCUUCUGCAGGUACUGCUGUCUGUAAAUACAAAGCAAUGCUGACGACUUUCCUAAGAGCACUAAGAGGGAGGAAGAGGAUGAUGCAACACUGCAAGUGAAUAUUUGACUUUUGACUUACUUUUCCGCUCACCUGUUGAACAGAAAGCCAACGCCAGCUAAAUUAUUUUACAUGUAACAUUUGUACAUGACAUUAGAGUUUUAUUAACGGGCAAAUAUUUUGUAAAACCCUCUGGAACUGGAGACAAAAAAAAACAUUUUCUGAAUAACCCUUUACACUGAGGAAAGGUGCAGUUCCAAGAGUUGUAGAUUUUUUUAAAUUGUUGUUAAAACAUUGUAGUCCUGCGACGAUGUGGUACAUGUACCGUCUCCUUAUUGUCAUGUGUUUGUGUGUGUGUCCCUGCACAACUGUACUGUCCCAUCAUUCCGUUUGGGGGGGGGUUGAUGGUUCCUGGUGCUUCCUGCCCUGUGGUUGAGCGGGCGGAGGCCGGCCCCACGUCAACACCAACGAGGAGAGAAGUGCGAGCAGAAGGUGGCGUUGGGCCCACGUCACUGAGGUCUCUUGCAGGAGCUGGACUUCCCCCCUGGCUGUCAUAUGACUGUCAUGUGACUAGUGUGUAGAAGAAGCUACUAGAGUGACCUGGUAGAAACUGAAGUUGAAGCUUUCCGCUAAUAAAGAUUUACAGACUUGGACU